AUGCCUCGAAAAUCCUCUCAAAUAAAGCCUGGUGUUAGAAAAUAUGGUACUAAAAGCAACUAUACUCCGGAGCAAUUGGAAGAGGCACUCAGUGAAAUUCGGUCAGGUGCCAUGUCAAGGGUGGAUGCAUCGAAGCAUUAUAAAAUACCACCUGUAACAUUAUAUUAUAAAUUAAAUGACAAACAUACCAAAAAUAUCGGAAGACCUGUUACAUUUACCGCAGAAGAGGAACAGAGUUUUCAAAAUCAUUUAUUAUUGUUGAGUGAUGUAGGUUUACCGUUGAGUAUGUUAGAUUUCAGGGUUAUCAUUAGAGAUUAUCUAAAUAAAAACAACAGGAUUGUGCCUCAAUUCAGACACAAUAUGCCUGGUUAUGAAUGGGGCACAUUAUUUUUAGAAAGACACCCUUUACUGAAGGAGAAACUAUCUCAUAAUAUCCCAAAAAAAAGAGCCCAAGUCAAUCGUGAGCAAGUUAAACAAUUUUUUAAUAAUUUUUCUAAAGAAAGUGAAGGCGUUACUCCACAAAAUUUAUAUAAUAUGGACGAGUCAGGAUUUCACGAUGAUCCCGGGAAAAAGAAAUUGUUGUUUCGUAGAGAUUGCAAGCACCCUGACGUAAUAAAAAACAGCUCUAAAUCCUGUUUUACCAUAGUCUUCUGUGGAAAUGCAGCAGGUGAGCUUAUACCACCAUUUUUUAUUUUUAAAGGGGUGAAACUUUGGUCUGAUUGGCUAUAUCAAGCUCCGGAGAGUUCCAGAAUGGCAAUCUCAAAAUCAGGAUGGAUGGAGACAACAAUUUUUGAAGAUUGGUUAGAAAACCAAUUCAUUCCAUUCGUGAAAAAAGAUGAGGGUAAAAAAAUAUUAAUGUGUGAUAAUUUAAGUGCGCACAUAUCUCCUAAAGCACUGCGCUUAUGUGCUGAAAACAAUAUUGCAUUCAUUUGUUUGAUCCCUAACUCGACACAUCUUCUUCAACCCCUUGAUGUAGGCUAUUUUUCGGCAGUCAAGUCAGCUUGGCGAAAAGUUCUUAAUGAUUAUCGUCAAACCUGCAGAGGCAAGAAAGUCUUGGCUCUUCCGAAGUCAUUAUUCGCCCAGUUAAUUAAAAGAACUUUGCAAAAUGGAAAUGCCAAUUCAUCUGAAAACCUACGAGCAGGAUUUAAAAGUUGUGGUUUGUAUCCGUUGUCCCCAGCGACUGUGUUAAGCAAACUUCCAGCAUAUACCUCUACUGUGGACAUAAGCGACACUAUUAGUGAAAGUUUUGUUAAUUAUAUAGAAAAUGUGAGACAAUCGGAUCUGAAUACAGUGACGAAAGGAAAGAAAUUUCAAUUACCUGUAGUAGCAGGAAAGAGUGUUUCGGCCGAAGAAGUAGAAAAUUAUUAUAAAGAAAGGGAAAAAACAGACAAAACCAAGAGAGGAAAUGAAGUGGAAACCAGGCAGUCUAAAAAACGUGGCAGGCCCAUGGGGUCGAAAAACAAAAACAAGAAAAAACCAGGGGAUCCUACUCCUUCUGGAGAAGUAUGGUCAACAGAAAAUGAGAGUGAAAACAAUGAGGUUGUUGAUGCUGUUAAACAUGGUGAAGAAUGUGAUGAAAAUGAACUUAUGUCACAAAAUGUUGGAGGAUACGCCGAGUUCGUCGUCGAGGCUAUGAUACACAAACCACCUUCUCCAGAAGUAGCUAAAGGUUUAUAUAAAAUGCUCGACAUGGGUGUUAAUUCAUCUACGCCACAAGAACAGGAGUUUGAGCCACCGGUCAUAACAAUCCCAGGAGAUAAUAUAAUUGGAGAGUCGGAAGAACAAAUACAGUGGGAAGAUAAGGAUUUGCCUAUUGUAGAACCCAUCAGUGAUUUAACACCCUCUGAACAAAAUAAUUCUGGUAGGGGCUUGGUGAAAGAUGCGUAUUGUAUUUUUAAUAAUGAGGGGAGCAUGUUCCUAGGACAAAUACGAAAACUAAACUUGUCGACCGCGACUGUCAUGGUUUCAGCUUUCCAAAAAUUCUUUUUAGGAGGUUGGAAGUGGCCUUCAAAAGCCGAGAUAUUAAAAGUAAAAAUAUCGGAUAUCGUCAGCAUAGUAAAAGACCAUCAAAUUACUAAGAAAAAUGGUAUAACAUAUGUAGAAGAUGAUAUUUUAUUAAUGGAGUGGGGAGAGUAA